AUGGCGCGUGGCAAAGGCCCUCGACGCAACAAGGCGAUGCUGCAGCUAAAGCUGGCCCACAGAGGUCUUAUAGAAUCUAUGAGACAGGAAGACGUGGAUGAUGCCAUUCCCGACGAAAUGGACGACCAAGCUCUCGAGCCGGUUGCCGAGUGGCGUCGGCAGCUGGAGCAAGGAGACAACUCUUUGUCACGACGUGUUGAGGCGAUACUCGAUACAAUGCAACAGCAUCUUGAUCUUGGCCCCCACGAAUCAUUCAUCAUUGUCGAUGAAAGCGUGUGGUUUUUGGAUAUCGUGGUGAUUGCGCUCAAGAAGACCUAUCAUUCGGUCACCCACGAUACAUAUAAAGGGCGACUCGACACAGUCCAGCGCCACUUAACCAUCAAGAAGGUUGCCCAAUCUAUGCCCCCGCAUUCCAUACUAGCUAGUCGAGGUACUGGUGGUUAG